UGCGCCUCUAAAAACGAUAAGUCUACCACGACUUGAACUCUGUGGCGCUCUGCUACUAGCAAAGCUAGCUUCAAUGGUGCAGACCCACUUAAAUAUGGCGAAAUACAGAUUAUAUUUAUGGUCCGAUUCCGAGAUAGUUCUAGCCUGGUUAGAAAAACCACCACAUGCGUGGAAAACUUAUAUUUCUAACCGAACAUCUGAAAUACUUGACCUAGUAGGAUCAGCCACUUGGCGUCACGUAGCCAGUGCUGACAAUCCUGCUGAUUUAGGUACAAGAGGAUGCAAACCUCUGCAUCUCGCCACCUCCACCCUCUGGUGGAAUGGCCCCCGAUGGUUAACAGAAUCUCCCGAUUCUUGGCCACAAUCGCCCAUGCGCAACAUACUUGCCCCAGAAAGUCGUAAAAUCGACACUUAUCAUGCAACACUGGAUGACACUGACAUCCUUGAACGAUUUUCAUCGUUCCCCCGAGCCCUCCGGGUAGUUGCCUAUAUGCUCAAGUUUUUAGAGCGGCUUAAACUUAAAGUUAAAGGAGCAACUUAUCUCCAUUGCGAUAAAUUGACGCACCAAGACUUACAAAAAGCAAAGGUCGCUCUUAUCGCAUCAACCCAAACGCGCUAUUUCAGCCGCGAUAUAGAAUUACUAAGAGAAUCGAAACCUAUCGAUAAAAAGAGCUCACUCUUAGUCCUAAACCCAUUUCUAGAUACGAAGGGUUUACUUCGUGCGAAUGGUCGGCUUGCUAAUUCAAGCCUAACGUACAAUGAACGCCACCCUAUAAUCAUACCAGAGAGGUGUCCGUUUGCCACUUUAUUUAUUAGAUAUAUCCACAUACUAAUGCUCCACGCCGAACAUCGCCUCAUGCAACAUAUGGUCCGCCAGGAGCUGUAUAUACCCCGACUGAAGCCCCAAAUAAAAAAGUGCAUUUUCAUGUGCAAAAUCUGCACUAUGCAUAAGCAGAAAAUGCGAUCGCAGAUUAUGGCAGCACUUCCACCUGAACGCUGCAAUUUUGCUCUGCCUUUCACCACUACAGGUGUAGAUUUUGCUGGGCCUUUUAUGAUAAAGGCAUCCAUGCUAAGGUCUCCUACCCUCAUGAAAGGCUAUGUGGCUGUUUUUGUCUGUUUCACGACAAAAGCAGUACACCUUGAGCUAUGUACGAAUCUGACGACGGAGGCUUUUCUGGCGGCUUUUGCUCGUUUCGUCGGACGACGAGGCUUUCCAUCAAAAAUCAUGAGCGAUAAUGGUAAAACAUUUAUCGGAGCUCAAAGAGCUACAGAAAAACAAUUUGUGGAUUUCAUGAAACAAGUCUCACCGGACAUUGUACAAAAAUAUGCUCCCCAAGGUAUCAAUUGGCAGUUUAUCCCCCCAAGCGCUCCACAUAUGGGUGGCUUAUGGGAAUCUGCCGUAAAAAGCUUCAAAUCUCAUUUUAAAAAGAUAGCUGGCAACCAUAAAUUUAAUUACGAAGAAUUCACGACCCUCUUAAUUAGAAUUGAAGCCGUUCUUAACUCACGGCCUCUCGCUGCACUCUCGCAAGAUCCCUCAGACUUUACUGCCCUCACACCAGGGCAUUUUCUUAAAGGAGCGCCCAUUCUGGCCACACCUGAGCCAGGCGUGGAGUCGCUUUCCUUAUUAAAUCGUUGGGAAAGAAUAAAAAUUCUCCAUCAUGACUUCAGUCGCCGAUGGAAAGAUGAUUAUUUAAAGGACCUCCACAGAAGGUACCGAUGGAAAAUCACAGAAAAUGCGCCUAAGCUUGGAGAUUGUGUCUUAAUCAAUGACGAUUGUCUCCCCCCUACCGAAUGGCGGCUUGGCCGCAUAGAGAAGCUCUACUACGGCUCCGACGGUCAUAUUCGCGUAGUCGAUCUCCGUACACAAUCGGGAACGCUAACCAGACCGCUCGUUAAAUUAUGCUUUUUGCCAACCGCAGAUAAAAUCGCAACGUAACCGCAACUAAAAAACAAAGAAAUUCAAAAAAAAAAAAAAUAAAAAAAUAAAACCAAAACCAAAAAGAAAAGAAAAAAAAACGGGUCGAUCCACAUGACGACUCAUUCGUGCCACAUCACGUGGUACCAGCACCCAUAUGAUUAUAUACACAAAUAUAUAAUAAUUAACCAUACUAUUUUCUUAACAGAUGAAUAUGGACGCCGAGAUGCCAAUUGCGCCUACGCCCACUGUGCGUUCCGCCGUCACGGUUCCGCGCCCUAGAGCUACCCCAGUAGCAGCGCCGCGCACAACCAUCGCUGCCGCACCUCCCCGAGAAACUCCAUCGGCUCCGCGCAGUGACCCGCAAGCAAUAGCUCCAGCGCAGCCACAGCGUCAAUGCGUGCUGUGUCGACGACGACAUCGGUUGCCACACUGUGGCAUCUUCAAGGGGAUGACACCUCAGCAACGCCAGCAGGUCGCCCAGGCCCACGGCCAUUGUUUGAAUUGUCUGGCGCCUACUCAUCUAACGCGCGAAUGCACCACCGGGUAUCAAUGCCAGGUGUGUAUGGGUCACCAUCACACGAUGUUCCACCGCAGUACCGGACCCGUCGUCGAACGUCAUCAUGCCCCUCGCGGCCUUUUACGUCACGUUUUAUAUAAAUUAACAUACAUACACUCUUUUAUAUUGUUCGCAAAUCAUUUUUAAUAAACCCCAUUGGGACAUUGCCGAUUUUAUAUAACCCUACGCGUGUGCAUA